AAAAUCGAAAAAAUAAAUGAAUAGUUACAGUCUUACAGAUAUAGUAGAAGAGAAGCAGAGCAGUGUGGGGUGCAUCUUCUUCGAGAAGCCACAAUAAUGAAAAAGGAAAAUUUUUGAAGAAGGAGAAGAAGAAGAAGAUUAAUCACAGAGAUCUUGCGUCCUUUCCAAGUCUAUUUCUCUUUUGAUGCUGAUUAUUUCCGCCAUUAAAGCCGUCACGCUGUUCCCCACGAGAAAUCGUCAUGCCUUCUGUAAUAAUGGCGAAGGCUGGAGUUUAUGCUGCUCUGUUUUUGUUCUGUCUUCUCCAGUGUAAAUUCUGUGUCUUUGCGAUGCUAGACCCACUUGAUUUCUUGGCUCUGCAAUCCAUGCGGAAGUCUCUGGAUGAUUUUCCGGGCUCUAAUUUCUUUGCUUCCUGGGAUUUCACUUCUGAUCCUUGUAACUUCGCCGGAGUUUAUUGUGAUUCCGAUCGAGUGAUUGCUCUUAAUCUUGGGGAUCCGAGAGCAGGUUCGCCCGGGUUGACGGGGAAGAUUGAUCCGGCGAUUGGGAAACUCUCUGCCCUCGCUGAGUUAUCCAUUGUUCCGGGUCGGAUCGUCGGGUCUUUGCCGCAGUCGAUUUCCCAGUUGAAGGAGCUUCGGUUUCUUGCUAUCAGCAGAAACUUCAUCUCCGACGCCAUUCCGGCGACUAUAGGUGAGCUGAGGAAUCUUAGAACACUUGAUCUCAGCUACAAUCAGUUCACCGGAGAAAUCCCUCGGGCGAUCGGGACUUUGCCGGAGCUCUCCAACGUCAUUCUCUGCCACAACCGUCUCUCCGGUUCGGUCCCUCCUUUCCUCUCCCAAACUUUAACCCGACUGGACCUAAAACACAACGUAUUCUCCGGUUCGUUGGCCCCGGACUCCCUUCCUGCUUCUCUCCAGUACCUGUCCCUCGCCUGGAACCAACUCAGUGGACCGGUCGACCAGCUCCUCUCCCAGAUGGACCAACUAAACUAUCUCGACCUGAGUCUGAACCUGUUCACGGGUACCAUUCCAGGUCGGAUCUUCUCAUUCCCCAUUACCAACCUUCAGCUCCAGAGAAACCUGUUUACAGGAUCGGUUCAGCCUGAUGAUCAGGUGACAAUCACGACCGUUGAUCUUAGCUUCAACAGAUUGUCAGGUCCAAUAUCUCCCAUGUUCUCGACCGUACAGAAUCUUUAUUUAAACAACAACCGGUUUACCGGUCAGGUUCCGGUUAGCUUUGUGGACCGGUUAUUGGCGGCCAACAUCCAGGUUCUGUAUUUACAGCACAAUUAUUUAACCGGGAUCGAGAUCAAUCCGACGGCUGAGAUUCCUCUAAGUGCAUCACUGUGUCUACAGUAUAACUGUAUGGUUCCGCCCGUACAGACGCCGUGCCCGUUGAAGGCAGGGAUACAAAAGACAAGACCCACCGCGCAGUGCAACGAGUGGAAAGGGUAGAGUUGCAGAUUCAGCGACGUGUGAAGGCUGUUUUGGGAAGAUGGAAUGCCAAAAUGGGAUACUUUAUUGAAAGAUAAUUUUGUUUGGGGGACUGGUGUGAUUCAUUUAUUUAAUUUUGUGAUUGUGUGGGCAAUUAGCAAGAAAUGCAAAAUAAGGGGGUUUGUUAAUACUUAACAAAUUGUAAUUGUGUGA